ACAGAUCCAACCAAGCAGCAUUUUUUGAUCAGCAUUUUUCCUUGCAUCCCGAAAAAUUCAAAGGCAGCCAUGAGUCUCUCUUCGAAAGACAAGACAGUGGUGAAAACCUUCUGGGGCAAAGUCGACUCAAAGAGCGCCGAGAUUGGUGGAGAAGCUCUGGGCAGGAUGCUCGUUGCGUAUCCGCAGACCAAGACCUACUUUUCUCACUGGGGCGACUUGACCCCUAGCUGCCCGCAGGUGAAGAAGCAUGGUGCAGUCAUCAUGGCAGCUGUGGGAAAAGCUGUCAAGAACAUUGAUGAUCUUACCGGCCACCUUAGCAAGCUCAGUGAGCUGCAUGCCACCCAGCUCCGCGUGGAUCCUGCCAACUUCAAGAUCCUCGCUCACAGCAUCAUCUUGGUCCUGGGCAUGUACUUCCCUGGGGACUUCACCCCGGAGGUUCACGUCUCCGUGGACAAGUUCUUCAAUAACCUCGCUUGGGCUCUGUCCGAGAGAUACCGCUAAACAUCAGCAAGACAGAAGCUACCAACGUGUGGCAUGAAUGUCAGCAACCCUCUUCAUAUGUAGGGGCUUGUUCAAUAAAAUUCACAAACAUAA